AUGCCACAAGACGAGGCCGAGCACCUCCCGAAGGACGACUACGAUCUGUCCAAACCCAUCUCAUCCACGUCUGGCCUGCGGCAGGGACUCACCUCGUAUGGAGAUGCGCAUUUCUCUCUGUUCCUGAGGAAAGCCUUCAUCAAGGCCCUGGGGUAUUCUGAUGAUGCACUCUCUCGGCCCAUCAUCGGCAUAAUCAACACCUACUCCAGCUACAACCCCUGCCAUGCCAACGUGCCCCAGCUCAUCGAAGCCGCCAAACGCGGUGUGCAGCUUCACGGCGGUCUCGCCGUUGACUUUCCCACGAUCACGUUGCAUGAGUCGUUCGCGCAUCCGACGAGUAUGUUCCUGAGGAACCUGAUGAGCAUGGACACGGAGGAGAUGAUCCGCGCGCAGCCAAUGGAUGCCUGCAUUAUGAUCGGAGGGCAUGAUUCUGACGAGGAAGCAGGAUGCGACAAGACAGUCCCCGCCCAGCUCAUGGGUGGCAUCUCAGCCAAUAAACCAGUGCUUCCUUUGGUCACUGGUCCGAUGAUGUCCGGGAGUCAUCGAGGCCAGAGACUGGGUGCCUGCACCGACUGCAGAAACAAUUGGGCGGCCUAUCGAGCGGGAGAGAUUGAUAUAGAAGAGAUCUCCGCCAUCAACGAAGAGCUGGCGCCCACAAUUGGAACCUGUGGUGUCAUGGGCACCGCGAGUACGAUGGCCUGUAUCACUGCCGCCUUGGGGCUGAUGCCUCUUCGAGGCGCUACCGCCCCUGCAGUCUCCUCUAGCCGUCUCAGAAUUGCGGAGGAGACGGGUGCGAAUGCUGUCGCUGUCGCCAAGGCAAAGCGUACGCCGCAGGAUAUACUCUCAAAAGAAUCCUUUCUGAAUGCGAUAACUGUUCUCCAGGCGAUUGGCGGCUCAACUAAUGCUGUGGUUCACCUGCUAGCGAUUGCCAAUAGACAUCCACAGCUCAAGGGGGUGAUUACAUUACAGACAUUCGACGAGAUCGGCCGGAAAACGCCGCUUCUGAUAGACCUGAAACCAAGCGGCGACAAUUAUAUGAAUGACUUCCACAAUGCGGGCGGUAUGCUGGCGCUGCUGCACACGCUUCGACCGCUUCUCCAUCUGUCUGCCAUGACCAUAACCGGCAGGACCCUGGGCGAGGUUCUUGACGAGUCUCCGUUCCGCACAUUUCCCUUCUCGCAGCAGGUUAUCAGGCCUCUCUCUAAUCCUCUCUAUCCCUCGUCGUCCCUCGUCGUGCUUCGCGGAAACAUCGCUCCUGACGGCGCGGUGAUGAAAGCGUCUGCAUCGAAAGACCGCUCCCUCUUGCGCCAUUCCGGUCCGGCCGUAGUGUUUGAAAACAGCGCUGAUCUAGCCAGGAGGAUCGACGAUCCAGACUUGCCGGUGACCAAGGACUCAGUCCUGGUGCUAAAGGGCAUUGGGCCCAUCGGCAAUCCCGGCAUGCCCGAGGCUGGCCUGAUCCCGCUUCCGCGCAAACUGGGAGCAGCGGGCGUGAAGGACAUGCUGCGUCUCUCCGACGGACGAAUGUCUGGCACUGCGGGAGGGACGAUCGUUCUACACAUCUCCCCGGAGUCCGCUCUGCCGGAUUCGCCCUUCGGUAUCGUGCGGACGGGCGACAUCAUCACCUGCGACGUAGAAAACAGGAAGCUGCAGCUGGAGAUAUCGGAUGAAGAGAUGCAGCAGCGGAUUACGGAGAGGAAGAAGGCAUUAUCUGCGGAGGUGGAGACGAGGAAACACAAGAGGGGUUAUCGCGGUCUUACAGAUUCAAUUCCGCAUCACGGAGUCGCUUUUCAAAAGACACUUGUUUUCCUCUGGGCUCGCCCAUCCGUGACAAAAGAAUUAAUUGAUUCGGUCCGGUCCGCAUGCAACGAUAACAACAACAAUGACAUCGGAAGCAGUUCGACCCAGGGGGAGGCCUGCCCGUUCCUAUUUCCAGACACCCCCGGAACAACCGUCUUGACGUAUACUCCCGAUGGUCGACGGGUGAUUACCGCUGGUUCGAACUCCGCCAUUCGUAUCUAUACAGUCGGGCAGGAUGGCGAGCCUACGACAAUUGAUGAGGGCGUGGAAGGCCACUUUGGGAUUGCCGCAACGAAUGAAUCGUUUGUUAUGGGCGCCGAGGAUGGCACGGUUUGGCAGUAUGAGUUGGAGUCUGGCAAGAUGGACAAGCUGCUCGUCCGAUGCGCUUUGCCCGUGCGAGACGUCGCGAUUUCAAAAGACGGCGAGUGGAUUGCGGUGGCCAGCGAUGAACUGACAGUCAAGAUUGUCAACGUCGAAGACAUCACGAAGGUCAAAUACCUCCGUGAGCAGACCAAGGGAUCCAAACAUGUCACUUUCGACCCCACUGGGCGGUAUGUCGCCGUCUCCUGCACGGAUGGAAUUCUGUACAUCUAUUCCGUUGUCUCUGAAGAACCCGAGUUGGUGCGAAAACUCGACGGCGUGAUUCGACGACUUGAGCCCGAAGACGAGGCGACAUCGAGAGCGGUCUGGCAUCCCGAUGGCACUGCUUUCGCAUCGGCGCAGGCCACACGGGACGUCGUCGUCUUCUCUGCCUCCGACUGGAGUCGACAGAAGUCGUUCUCAGGCGGCCAUAACGGAGAAAUUACCGCCCUCAGCUGGUCGCCCAAUGGUGCGCUGCUUGCGACUGCAGGUGCAGAUGGCCAGAUUCUGCUUUGGGAGACGAGCACGCAGAACAUCCUGCGGCGGUAUGACUUCGCGAACGUGAUCAAUCUUGCGUGGCAUCCCUCUAGCAAUUUACUGUCGUUUACUACAUCCGAUGGCGAGCUUUUCAUACACGAAGAUUUCGUCCCUCGAGAGUACAGGUCGCUGCUGGACAAGGUACUCGAUGCCGCUCCUCUUCUUUCCGGUCCAUUGGCGGAGACGUCUGGAAAUGCCAGACGGCCGACGGUUAAUCGACUGAAGCCUGGAGCGGAGAACAGGCCAAGACGAGAUGCCACUCCGGAUUCGUUGGAUGAUAUCCUCGGCCCCAUGGAUGAAGAUGACGACUUUGUGGAAGACGAUGAUGGCGCUGGCUACGCGGAGAAUGUCAAUGCGUACGGAAAACGUACGAAUGGUCAUCUGGAUGAUCUCCCGGGCCAUGAUAGCAAGCGGCUUGCCUCGUUUUGGCAGCCUAAGCAACACGCUCCUUUCCAGCCUGGAAGUACCCCGUGGAGGGGCAACAGGCGCUAUCUCUGCUUGAAUUUGACUGGAGUCGUUUGGACAGUUGAUCAGGAAUCGCACAAUACUGUGACGGUUGAAUUCUACGACACAGAGCUGCACCGAAACUUCCACUUCACUGAUCCAUAUCGUUAUGAUAAAGCUUGUCUAAAUGAGAAUGGCACCGUGUUCGCUGCGCCCCCAACCGAUGAUACUCCGGCGAUGAUCUAUUAUCGUCCCCAUGAAACCUGGACAACACGGGCGGAUUGGCGGACUCAGCUUCCUCCGCAAGAGUCGAUUGAAACAAUUGCAUUGAGCGAUUCCUACAUUGUUGUAUUGACUAGCAAGAAUUACGUCCGCAUAUAUACACUCUAUGGCACGCCAUUCCGGAUCUACAGACAAAAGAGCUCUGCCGUGACGUGUGCGGCCUGGCGAGACUACGUCUUGACCGUUGGAAACGGGCCGGUGGGCAGUUCUGGGUGUUCGACGCUGACAUACUCUAUUGAAAACGUCAAGCGAGAUGAAGUAUGCCAGAACGAAGACAUUGUCGCCCUAUCUGAGGGCUCGGAGUUGCAGAACGUCUUCUUUUCUGACACAGGGGAUCCGUGCAUAUACGAUUCGGACGGUGUUCUUCUGGUUCUCCAGCACUGGCGAACUCCCGGCCAGGCUCGUUGGGUGCCGCUGCUGGACACCAAGCUUCUGGACCGACUGGCCAAAGGCCGGAAGGAGGAGACGUACUGGCCUGUUGCUGUUGCUCAGAACCGAUUCCACUGCAUUAUCCUCAAGGGAGGAGAGAAACAUCCGUAUUUCCCCAGGCCUCUCCUCACUGAGUUUGAAUUCAAGAUUCCAGUCUCCACGGCACCGCCCAAGGAGAACGAGGACGAGGAGGAAACGACUUUGCGCAACGACGCAGCCCGGUUCGAGGAGGCAUUCGUGCGCGAGAACCUCUUCCUCAGCCUCUACCAGGAUCUCAUCUCCAGCACGAACGCUACCCGCAACCAGCGAGCGGAGCUGGCGAGGAAAGAGGUCGAGAUUGACAAGAUCCUGCUCCAGAUGCUAGCGAUUGAGUGUCGCGAGGGCGAAGAGCGGGGUAUGAAGGCGCUUGAGCUGGUGGAGAUGAUGCGUGACCGCAGCGGCAAGAUGCUGGAGGCAGCCAUCAAGGUCGCUCAGCGGUAUGGGCGGUCUGUGCUGGAGGACAAGAUUCGCGAGCUUGGCGAACGACGGCUCAUGGGUAUGGAUGAGGACGACGAACUUGCUUGA